CUCCGUUUACCCACAAGUUGACCCCCAUCCGGUCACUGCGACGACGCCCGUCGCCCCGUCCCCGGCCCACGCGCGCCUCUCGUUCCCAGAGCCCGAGGCGGACCACACAACCAAGACGAAGCCAGCGCGCGCGCUGCCGCCCGGCCCGACGCCACCAGCCUACGAGCGAGCCACCGCCAUUCCCGGCUCGCAAAACCCAACACCGUCUGACCACCACUCCCCCGUUCGCCGCCAGUGAUUCCCCCCGAGCCGUCCGAUCUCAUGGCCGUCGCGAGGCUGGUGGCCGCGCCAUUCCCCCUCGCCGCCGCCCGCGCCCGCGGCCCGCGGGCGCGGCUGCUGUUCGCGCCGCUCUCUGCGCUCCCCCGUCGCGCGGCCGCGCCCGCCAUGCGCGUGGCGUCGGACGGCAACGGCGGCGGCCUUGUCCCCGCCCGCCCGGGCCAGGAGGCGGAGGACGCCGCGGCGACGGCGCGGGGCGCGGUGUCGGAGCGCGCGGCGAGGAAGGAGUCGGAGCGGCGGACGUACCUGGUGGCCGCGCUCAUGUCCAGCCUCGGCAUCACCUCCAUGGCCGCCGCCGCCGUCUACUACCGAUUCGCCUGGCAAAUGGAGGGCGGCGAGAUUCCGGUGACGGAGAUGCUGGGCACCUUGGCACUCUCCGUGGGCGCGGCGGUGGGGAUGGAGUUCUGGGCGCGGUGGGCGCACCGCGCGCUGUGGCACGCGUCGCUGUGGGACAUGCACGAGUCGCACCACCUCCCCCGCGACGGGCCCUUCGAGCUCAACGACGUGUUCGCCAUCGUCAACGCCGUCCCCGCCAUGGCCCUCCUCGCCUUCGGCUUCUUCAACCGCGGCCUCCUCCCCGGCCUCUGCUUCGGCGCCGGUCUGGGGAUCACGCUGUUCGGGAUGGCCUACAUGUUCGUCCACGACGGCCUGGUGCACCGCCGCUUCCCCGUGGGCCCCAUCGAGAACGUGCCCUACUUCCGGCGAGUCGCCGCCGCGCACCAGAUCCAUCACAUGGACAAGUUCGACAGCGUGCCAUACGGGCUCUUCCUCGGCCCCAAGGAGCUGGAGGAGGUGGGAGGGACGGAGGAGCUGGAGAAGGAGGUGCAGAGGAGGAUCAAGAGGAGGCAGAGAUCAGACGCCAGGCAAUGAGGAUUAUUUAUAUGCCACCGACUUACCCUUUUUCUUUUCUUGUUUCUGAUAAUACUACUCCAUAUGCCUUGCGAUGUGCAUGCGGAUUUAUUUUCUCUUCUUCUGAUCGCGGAUUAGGAUUUGGUGUCGCUAGUUUUAGCAGCGCACUUGUAUUAGAAAAUGCUGUGCUGGUAGUAUUAUGUCUAGUGCUAGUAGUAGUACCGUGGCUCUUAUUUUUACAUCUUUCUGUAUCGUGCCGCUGACUGUAGCGAGACAGUACUAUAAGUAUAAAGUAUAUUUUUUCUGA